AUGGAGUCGCCGGCCAAAAAGCCACCAAGAAGAAAGGAGGACCGCAUCAUUCUACAAUUCGACUACGACUGCUUCUACGCACAAGUCAUGGAGAACAAGCACCCGCAUCUCAAAGGCAAAGCGCUCGGCGUCCGCCAGAAGAAUAUUCUCGCAACGUGCAAUUACAGCGCUCGCGCCAAGGGCGUCAGAAAACUUAUGCUCGUCACCGAGGCUAAAAAGGCCUGUCCCGAGCUCAUCCUCGUGGACGGCGAAGAUCUCUCGCCGUUUCGGGACAUGAGCAAGACUCUCUACGGGUUCCUCAAAUCACAUUCAUGGAACGGAAAAGUUGAGCGGCUUGGGUUUGACGAGGUUUUCAUGGACGUGACCGACAUUGUGGAAUACAACUUUUCUUGCGUCAACAGGAGCGCCCUCGAACAGUCCUUUUUCCAACUUGCGAAAAACGACCCCGAGGUGGGCUUCCCGUGCGAUCUGGGCACUGUUGCAGGACCGGUUCUUGGACCGUGCUCGUCCGCCGUGGACCCUGAGAAUGCAGUGAUGCUUCGCCUCGCUCUCGGCUCGCACCUGGCCAUGCAUCUGCGUGGCAUAAUCGAGUCCGAGUUUGGCUACACGUCGACCUGCGGCGUCGCCACCAACAAGGUCCUCAGCAAGCUCGCCGGCGGCAAACACAAGCCCAGAAACCAGACGACACUGCUCGCGCUGACCGACCUCGAUGCCGUGGCGUUUAUGGAUGCGCAUCUACUACGCGACGUGCCUGGUAUUGGAUUCAAGAUGGCGCAGCGCAUCGAGUCCACCGUCAUGGGCGUCGAAAGCGACUGCGAUUCGCACACAUUCAAGUCGGUCGUCACUGUAAAAGAAGCGCGUCUGCAUCCGGCCAUUUCGCCAGCCUCGCUGGAGAAGGUGCUGGCAGGUCCAGGGGCGGAACGGGGAGUCGGGGCGCGCAUAUGGGGGCUGCUUCACGGGGUAGACGCCACUGAAGUCAAGGAAGGGACAGACGUGCCGAGCCAGCUGAGCAUCGAGGACACUUACAAGGGCCUGGAAACGAUGGCGCAGAUUACGGAGGAGCUGUUCAAGCUGUCGUGUUCUCUUGUGCGACGGAUGCGCAUCGAUCUCGUAAGCCAAGACGCCAAUGCGGAUGAGCCACUCGCGCUGCGAUGGGUUGCGCGGCCGCGCACGUUACGCCUGUCCAUCCGCUCCUGGCCAAAACCCGGGUCAGGCGAGGAGCGGAGCUUCAGCCGGGUGUCAAGGUCUGCGCCGGCGCCGAGCUUCCUCUUGGACCUUGGAGCGGGUGUCGAAGAUGUCGCAGAACGCCUGGUAUCAGAGACGCUGCUGCCCCUGUUGCGGCGUCUCGGUGCGGAAAAAGGUAGCAGCGGUAGUAGCAGUAGCGGCGGGUGGAAUCUACAGCUUAUUAACAUUUGCGUGGCAAACAUGGCUGCGGGGGCGGCAGAGGACAAGCACGGGGCAGGUCGGGAUAUUGCAAACAUGUUUAAGCGGCAGGACGAGGUGCUCCGGCCGUGGAGGGUGGUGAUGGAGGAGCAAGCGGAUGGCGAGAAGGAGGAGGGCGGCAUGUCGGCGGAGGUGGUGGUGGAAGAUGACGAUGACUUUGACGAGCUGGGUGCUGAUGAGUAUUGGAGCGGAGCGAGGGGCGACCAGUGCAGCAUCUGCGGACUACCAAUCCCGACGUUUGUUGCAACGGCACAUAUUCGAUACCACGAGAUGGAUGAGUGA